UUGUAUCUACGAUCACGGAAGGUGCAUGUCGCCGUCAUGUUGUACGUACGCAGCCGGAUUUCUAUACCGACCCUAUGUUUUCCCGUCGACUGGGAAUUGAAUUGUUGAUCUAAACGGAACCCUUAUAGUCAAAUUCUGACUUGAGACUGGGAUAGUGUUACCUGCUUUGCCUUUAAACAUGUUCAGUGAGAUUAGGCAUAUUCAACGUUUAUUCUACACCAUCCAGGGUUAGGUUUGGAGUUGGAGUUAGAACCAAACACAUCGCUAGCCGAAAUCUUGGAAUCUGCAUGCGAAGCCAGUUUUGUGUUAAACUCCGAGCCCGAGUCUGUAACUGCGAGUGUGACUAGUGAGUAUACUAUCAGACACCUACAAACGAUUAAAACUCAGGAUGCAGUGGCUUAUUAUGGGAGGUGGCUUAAAUGCCACGGCAACCAAUCUUGGUUACCAUGAGGAGACAAGCUAUGUAAUCACCGAGGAAUGCAAGGAUGUAUUGGAUGUCAUGGUGAACAACAUCUUGCAAGAAAGUAAAGUGAAAUGUCAGGCAAGGCGGAAUGUGGCCAAUAGUCGUCUCAUUCAGAUGGAUUUAAUCCCUAUUCUUUGCCAUUCGACAGAGGAUCCAGAAGUCUUUGAUGCUAUUGUAAGGUUAUUGAUGCACCUCUCCAUGCCUCUAGAGGUUGUCAUGCCAAUCCUGAAGAAACUAACCAAAGAGGAUUACGAGAAGAGAGAUGAGCUUCAGAAGAUGCUAGCCACCAUCAAGAAGGAAUUCACUCAGUCCACGGUGAUAAGCUGUCUCGUCGGUCAGAUGGCACUCAUCAUUGAAGAGGCGGGAAGCUAUGCUAUCGAUCAAACCAACGCGGACACGCUCAGCAACUGUCUGACGCUAAUCAGGAAUGUGCUGUAUGUCAACUAUGAGCGCUACAAGGUCGGAAGUCUCAAGAACGACACAAUCAUCGGAAAACUUUUCAAAGCCGAUUUCCAAGAUGUCCUAAAAGAGAUGUGUAGAAGACCUGAAGGGAGCAAGUGGCUUUCAUCUUUACUUCAAGUACUCCACCUGAUGUACAAGGACACAAGCUCACUGAAAAUGAUGUCUUACUUGAAUCGCAAGCAUGAACAGAAGCUGAGAGAGGCAGAGGGUGCAAAGGAUGAACAAACUACAAAAGAGGAAACCAAAGUAGUGACAGACGCUGAGGGUCCAGCUUCACCGUCACUAUCUACCCACAGCUUGGAGACGAUACAAGAGCCCCUCUCACCGGGCCCUUCCUGCAAACCCAGAGACACCUCAUCUUGUGAGAGGACGCUCUCAUGUAGCAGCACACUCACCAUAGAUAGCUCCGGUGACAGCACUGUACAAGAGGGAGAUUCAAGUCAGAGUUCUUGUUCGUCAAGUUCAUCCAUGUCAUCAGAUGAUGACUCAGAGAAGGUCGGGAACAACUACCUGAAGAGGAAAAACAUGAAAAAGUUGGCUCAAUUUGGUCUGGACUACAUCAAGUAUGGCAUGGACAACAUCCUGAUACAAUGCAAGGAGGACUUGAAGAACAUGGUAACCAACCAUUAUUUCCUGUGGCAGAUGAAUUUCUUCAUUCCAUUUGCUACACACCCUGAUGUAUCCUACACAGAUAUCAAACUCACUCUAUCAGCUCCUGUUUUCAGCCAACUUUUGUCUUCAACAUUAAUGACAUGGGAAGCAUACGUCCAGGCGAGCAAUCAAAGGAACAACGAUAGCAAAUCAAACUCGGACUUCAAAAUCUUGAACAUGCAGGCCUCCACUAUGCGUCAAAUGCUUCAUGCCAUCCAACAGUUCACCACCAAUCCUCAGAACACAGACAUCAUUCAUAUGAAGACUAUACUCGCCACGAUAGCAUUGACCGACGCGGUGCGCAACUUCUACUACCUGUUAAUCCGCAAGUUCCAGCCCAACCAACAUACUUUGUCCUUCCUGCGAGAGCUCAUCGUCGGGAAUGAUCUGGUCCUACGCAUCAUAGACCAGGUCCAGCACAUUCACAGGCCCCAGUGGGGCAAACUGGACAUGACCAAACAUAUCGGAAAGUUUGCUACUAGACCCAUCAUGCGAGUCUACAACUACAUGCUGUCCAAGUUCUCUCUCAACACACUGGAGGAGAACGAGGUUGUCAUGACGAUGAUGCACCAUGUCGUGGUAGACAUCGCUAAGCCUGAGGUCCUCUAUCAGAUCCCCAUCUUAAGUACCUUCGCUUCGCUGUGGGAGGCUGGUAGCGGCUAUGUUACCAAGCAAUCCCAUGAACUGAUUGACUACAUCAUACAUGAGUUCUGUGUACUGGGCAGUGCUAACAAGGAGAAGUGUCUGGAGACGGUUACCAUGCCUGAUAGAGUACGUCCUGCCAAGAGGAAGCACGUCACUGAUGUAAUAAGCAAAAACAAGAUGAUGAAGAUGUCAAGCACUGCUAAAGGCCUGUAUGUGCCGAGGGAUGAGAGCGACGUUGAAGAAGAAGAACUCGAGACCUCAAGCGCAUCCUCAAAAUCAGCAAAACCAAUCCAGGAUCUCAGUGUUGAAGAAUGCCUGGCAGCGCUUAGACUCAAAGGAUUCGGAGACGAGAUUGCUGAACUGCAAAAUGUACUCCUCGAAAUCUGUUACUUCAAACUGAAUUGCCCGAAGGUUCAUGUAGGAGAGCCACACAUAUGGCACUGUGUCUCCGAUGGGAAGUCAGUACCGAUCAUCCCCUUCACAGAGAGCUCUGAGAAUGCCCACGCGGACACUCACUUCAAGGCUCUGCUUCAUAGACUUGGUCUUCAUACGGCCCAGGAUACCUGCCGUCUCUACCCCUCCGUCCCAGCCUUCUGGCCCAGCGACAUGUGCUAUAAGACCGCCAGCAUGCUUGGAGAUAUCCUAGAAGGCAAUCUGAAGUUUGAGUUGGACCAGAUCGAGAAGGUCCCUGUCGAGUGUGAGGAGAAGUCUGGCAUGACACAGGAAGGCGUCAUGGUCAACCUGGAAGAUCUGGACUUGGGUAAAGAAGCCAUGGAAAAACCAACGGUGAACCGACCAUACUUCCAAGUACCGCUACAGAUGUGGUGCAACGUGAUUAAGCGAGCCAAUAAGGUCUAAGGAUCUGGACUCCUCUUGCCAUGGAAGAACUAAGAAUGGAUUCCCAGGCUAUGGUCUCCACCAAACUACUCUGACCAGUAGUUUAAGCCUGAACUGAUCAUGUGCUUCUCUACCACCAGUCCCUCGGAUAGGAUUCUAAGCCAUAGGGCCCCAAAUUGGUGUGGAUGCCUGGUUGCAAGCAGAAAAAUUCAGCCUUGCUGCAUCAUAUUCUUCUACAGCCUGUCCCUCAGAUUAGAUCUUCUGCCAUAGUGCCCAAGAUCGGUGUAGAAUGGUUGAUUGCAACCGGUAUUACUUGACUAAAGAGGCAAGUUUUGUUGAACUGCUAGUUUUAUGGAUAGGAUUUCAAGCUAUGUGCCUUUUGUGGCUGUACUUGAUUUAUAGAACAUCUCAGGUAAAACAGUUCACAAACAUGCCAACCAACUAUUGUUUAACCAUGAAGAGUUUAGAACAUUGAAGAGGAUGGAUGUUUGAGAGACGUCGGGGCACGCUUGACUGCAUUGUGCUCAGUUGCGCCCAUCACAGAACAUGACGGCUAAUGUUUCGAAGCACACUUGACCUGAAGUUGAUGCUCAACACUGUAGGAGCCAAAUUAUCAUCCGCUGAUUUGGCAUGCCAAUUUAAGUGUUUGUCGUCCCAUCAGUUGCCAUUAUGAUAGACUGCUUUGACGUUCCGACGUUUGCUCUAGCGACAGUUGCUUCAUGCUUGAUUUCAUCAAAGAUAUACUGGUAGGAUCGGGGUUGGUAUUGCAAGUGGGUUUUGGGUUAGGGUUGGGGCUAGAUGUAGUAUUAAAGGCAUCGUUGAACAAAGUUAAAUCAGAGAUGCAUGGCC